UUGCUCUUGUUCUGGAGUGUAUAUAAGGCUCGUGCUCUCGGCUAGAUCAAAGCAUACUUUGGCAAGACCUUCUAGGAGAACGUAUCGUCACCUAACGAGCUCAAAGCGAGACCCAUUAAGAUGACCAGCAGACGCGUGCUCGUCUUUCUCGUCCUGCUGCUGCUCGUGAACGCCGCGAUUUGUCAAACCUUCCAAUACAGCCGCGGAUGGACCAACGGCAAGAGAUCCGAGUUCCCGAGCGCGGCGGACGAGCGUUUCACCAACGGCGACCUGAAGAGAUUGAAGAUGCUGGUGCACGGAAACGCCGACGAACAACCGCUGCUGUUUCAUUGUGACUUCGUGGACAAGAGAAAACUCGUUCACGCGGACAAUUACGCGCCCCGGCUACGCCACGAGAAGGAGCAGAACGACGAUAAUUACUGAAACGGAUACGUUCACCGUAUGUGACGGCCAUCACGUAUCGAUCGCUUCGAGGAAAUGCUCUACCUGUAUUUUAGGCAUCUAGUUUUAAUCAAAUAAAUUAUCAGUGUCCCGAAA